AUGGAGCUCCCUUGGGCUCAGAUAUAUCCCCAAGGGAGUUGCCAAGCCCCCAGCUUAAGCUUCAGCACCUUCCUGCCCACGGGUUUGACUCGCAGGAGGUCGCAGACCCUGGAGGCUGAAGAGGCCCAGCCCAGCCCCAGGGCUGUGGAUAUCAAGGCCACGCAGGCGUCUCUCCAGGCCCGGGGGGCUACCUCCAAUUCAGAGGGUGCUGGGAAGGCUGAGGAGGUGCCUGGGGAAGGAGGUCUGAACCUGCAGGCUGAGACUCGGGCGUGGUUCCUGAAGACCCAGGCCCAUUGGCUUCUGCAGCACGGGGCAGCCCCUGCCUGGUUCCAUGGCUUCAUCACCCGGAGGGAGGCCGAGAGACUGCUGGAGACUAAGCCUCAAGGAUGCUACUUGGUGCGAUUCAGCGAAAGCGCCAUAACCUUUGUGCUGACUUACAGGAGCCGGACUUGCUGCCGCCACUUCCUGCUGGCCCAGCUCGGGGACGGGCGCCACGUGGUGCUGGGGGAGGACAGCGCCCACGCGCGGCUGCAGGACCUGCUGCGACACUACACGGCGUGCCCGAUCAGCCCCUACGGGGAAAAGCUCACCGAGCCCUGCGCCCGCCAGACUCCUGAGCCCGCUGGACUUUCCUUGAGGAUGGAAGAAGCAGAUUCUGGAAGAAAAACCCAGGACCCAAACAUCUCUUACAGUGCAGUCCUCAAACAAGCACAGGCCCCAGACCCACUGCAGACAGAAGGGACCAGGGAGUCAAAGGAGCCCUCCCAACCAUCCAGGCCUAAGCCUGCCAUCCCGGCCAAACCUCAGCUGUCCCCUGAAGUCUAUGCGAGCCCCACUCCGCGACCCCGCCCGGCUCCACCCCCCAAACCCUCCAAUCCCAUCUACCAAGAGCUUGAUGAGCCAAUUGACUUCUAUGCCAUGGGCAGGGGCAGCCCCGGGGAAGCCCCCAGCAACAUUUACGCAGAGGUGGAGGUGCCCUUGGGGAGUGACGGACCUUGGUCCAACUCGGGGCACCCAGUCCUACGGAAAUGCCAGUCCAGGCCUGUCCCAGGAAGCCAGAAUCCAGGUGGUCCGCAGCUGCAUUCUGAGAACUCUGUGGCUGGACAAGGCCCUCCCUUGCCUCAACAGCCCCCACACCCCUGGGGACACACCCUGCCCCACAACCUUUCUAAACAGGUACUCCGGGACCAAGGACAAACAAGGCUCCCUCUGGGACCUCCUUAG